AGACUGCAAAUGGAAUAAUUAGCAUAUCAUGAGUGGAUUUCAAGGGCCUUGAAUCCCACAAAUUUUUGGCUUUUGUCUCUUUUAUUGGAAACAUUUUUGGAGCAUUUCCAAUCAACACAUAAUUUUGCUGUAUGUGGCUCAAGUUAACCAUUUUUCACUACGCACUCAAUUCUAUCCGUGCACUCCAGUAUAAAGGCAGUCCCACGAUAAGAAUUCGGGCCAGUACAUCGGUGUAGAGUUCUGCAAUAGCACAUUGAGGAAUCCAACUCUGGUGCACUUCGGUAAUAAAUGACGAGUACCUGUGAAAUCAACAAGUUUAUAAAUUUCUCAGUUGCGUGUCGUGAUGAUUGUGUCUAGUUUUCGCGCGGGAAAAAUGCUUUGGCCAAUUUGUCGCAGUAUUCUUGUUUUGUGUCUAUCUCUUGUGGAAUUUCCUCCGGCAAGUGGCUUCAUCAGAAUCUACUGGAACGUGCCAACUUUCAUGUGCUCAAAAUAUGGAAUUCAAUUCAAUGAUGUGGAGAAGGAGUAUGGUGUGAUCCAGAAUGUGAAUGACACUUUUCGCGGAAAUGAAAUUUCGAUUCUCUACGACCCGGGAAACUUUCCAGCGUUGUUGGAAAAUUCGUCGUCAGGGCGAUUGGUGAAGCGUAACGGUGGUGUUCCGCAAGAAGGCAGCCUCACUGAGCAUUUGAACAUCUUCAGUAAGCACUUGGAUGAGUUGAUUCCCAAUAAGGACUAUGAAGGUCUUGCUGUUAUUGACUUUGAAUCGUGGCGACCGGUUUUCCGGCAAAAUUUUGGAACUCUACAGCCGUAUAGGAAUCUAUCAAUUCGCAUUGAGCGGGAAAAACAUCGUAAUUGGUCACAUCGUGAAAUUGUGAAAGAGGCAGCUAAAGUUUUUGAGAAUGCCGGGAGGAAAUUCAUGGAACAAACAAUAAAAAGAGCUAAAGCUGCUCGACCAAAAGCUCUUUGGGGUUACUAUGCAUUCCCCUAUUGUUUCAAUGGAAACUCGCGAGAUCCUCUAUCCUGUUCUAAUGAGGUGCAACAGGAGAACAAUAGAAUAAUGUGGCUCUUUGAUAGUUCGGACAUAAUUUUGCCCUCAGUAUAUCUUACAGAGGCGUGGGCGCCUAAUAUGCGAAAGAGCAUCAUAAAGGGUCGGGUAGGAGAGGCAAAUCGUGUUGCAAGGGCUACCCGUAAGCGGCCCCGACCUCAUGUGCUAACAUACAUUCGUUAUGCCUACACAGACACCUUGAACUUCCUCAGCCAGGCUGACUUGUAUGACGCAUUCUCUGUGAUGGAUCAGAAGAAGUCGGAUGGUAUACUUUGGGGAAGUUCUUUUGACCUCAAUUCAAGCGUCAAGUGUCAACGCUUCAGAAAAUAUCUCGAAGAUCAAUUGGGUCCCAUUCUUCGGCUCUUUACAAAACCAAAGUAUUCAGUUCAGGGAGUCAUUCAUCAACAAUGGCAUUGACUGGGGAGCAUGAACGGAUAGGGAGAGCCUGUAAAAAAUUCCACCAUUGGAACGUGAACUCUGUCGGUGUAUUAAAUUAAAUUUCAUUUCACAUACAAACAAUUGUACAAUCUCCACAUACAUCAUUUCUCACCCACUCGAUAUGUGAUUUUACAAAUUUCACAAUAUAUUCAAGAGCUUACUCCACAUAAAACAUCUUGAGACAUUUUGCCACUCCAUAGAUUAAUAUUAUUUUAAGGAAAGAAUAAAUAUCCCAUGAUUGAAUUGGCUUGUUAUAUCGAUUAUAUUGGUAUUGGAAUC